UAACAGUGACUUGAGAUAUCUGAAUUGCAAAUGUUCAAGUCCACAAAUUAAAAGUACACCCGCCUCUGACACCAACCACUCGCAAAUGCAAAUUUCCAUUCUUCCUCUUCAAACUUCAUCCUUCAGUUUCCAUUACUCUGCACUUUGUAGCACCUCACACAACACAACAAAACCGCCACAAUCACACAGAAGCUAAACCAAACUAAGCUAAAAGCUCCAUGGUGUUGAAAGUGAAGGGAGGAACAAGGCCACCAUGGGUGGGACUUGGAGUUUCUGUGUGGGUUCAAAUUGCUGUUGGAGUUGCCUACACUUUUCCACUCUACUCUCCUUCCUUCAAAUCUGUUCUGGGUUUCAACCAGAGCCAGGUUGCACUCCUUGGUGUUGCCAAUGAUGUUGGUGAGAAUGUUGGUCUUCUUCCUGGGAUUGCCUCCAACAAGCUCCCACCUUGGCUCAUGCUUUCCAUUGGCUGUCUCUGCUCUUUCAUCGGUUUUGGUCUCAUCUGGCUCUCUAUCACCCAAACACUCUCCCUUCCUUUCUUCUUGCUAUGGAUAGCACUUGUUAUUGCUAACAACAGUUGUGCAUGGUUAACCACUGCUGUUCUUGUAACCAACAUGAGAAAUUUCCCUGUCACUAGAGGCACCGUCGCGGGAAUCCUGAAAGGUUAUGGGGGGAUCGCCGCUGCAAUUUUCACUGAAAUUUACAGGGUGGUUCUUAAAAACUCUCCUAGCAAUUUCCUCUUGUUCCUUACCGUCGGUAUUCCUGUUGUAUGCUUCAGUGUGAUGUUUUUUGUUCGACCUUGUACUCCGGCUUCUGCUGAAAAUUCUGCAGAAAAAGGGCAUUUUCUUUUUAUCCAAGUUUCAAGUGUGUUCUUGGCUGUGUAUCUACUUGCAAGAACAAUACUUGACUACACUCUCAACAUAAGUGAUGCAGUGUCAUAUGUUCUAGUGGCUGUGAUGAUUCUCAUUCUUAUGGCUCCAUUGGCUAUUCCUGUAAAGAUGACACUGUAUCCCAGAAAAGCCACUGACUCAGAAUCAGAAAAAUCUGAGCAAACAGUUGAAUCUUCAGAAUUUCUGGUUCAAGAAGGCAAAGAAGAUAAUACAAAACCCCUCUUGCCAUCUUCAUCAGCCGGCACUCUUGAAAAUUAUUAUGAUACUGAUGGCUCGUCCGAUGUGGCUAUGCUUCUUGCUGAAGGUGAGGGAGCAGUAGUUCCAGUGAGGAGGAGAAGGCCGAGACGAGGAGAAGAUUUUACAUUUGCUGAGGCUCUAGUAAAGGCCGAUUUCUGGCUACUAUUUUUUGUGUAUUUUGUUGGUAUUGGAACUGGGAUCACUGUUGUUAAUAAUCUGGCUCAAAUAGGCACUGCACAAGGUGUUGAAGAUACCACUAUCCUGCUUUCGCUUUUCAGCUUUUUCAACUUUGUGGGGAGGCUUGGUGGAGGAGUUGUUUCUGAACAUUUUGUCAAGACAAAAACAAUUCCGCGGACAUUUUGGAUGACAUGCACACAGAUAACCAUGAUCAUCAUAUACCUUCUGUUUGCCUAUGCGAUCAAGGGAACACUUUACCCUGCAAUUGCAUUUCUUGGUACCUGCUUCGGCGUGCAAUUCUCCAUACUGAUCCCCACUGUCUCGGAGCUUUUUGGUUUGAAGCACUUUGGUUUAUUUUUCAACUUCAUGUGUUUGGCGAAUCCACUCGGAGCACUCCUUUUCUCAUUUCUGCUAGCUGGGCGUGUGUACGAUAAUGAGGUGGCGAGGCAGCUUGCUCUAGGACUCAUUGAUUCAGGUGUUUCAUGUGUUGGUGCAGAUUGUUUUAAGCUCACAUUUUUUGUUCUGGCUGGUGUGAGUGCUGCUGGUGCCUUCUGCAGCAUUAUCUUGACUAUGAGAAUUAGGCCUGUUUACCAAAUGCUUUAUGCUGGUGGUUCUUUCAAGCUACCACAAACUUCAGGGCACUAAAAUGUAGUGGAGUUGAAUAAGGGAAUUAAGCAGAACAGUACUUCUCAGCUGCUAUUCUAGACAGAUCUAUUAAGCUGCUGUUUCCCUGUCUGCCAGUACUGGGAGGGACAAGAAAUUUUGGUUUCCACACGUUUUCACUCAUUGUACUUGUUUGGUAUGAUAAAGUUCAAAAUUUAGCUAUUUAACCUGGAAAAUGCUUGUUUUAGUAUGCAUAUGAGGUUGUAUUAUGACAUUGAGGACUGAUAAAUGAGAUGGUUUGAAGGGUCUGAAACGUGAUCUGUAUACAAAUGGAUGGAAUUCGAAGGGAAUUAAAUCUAUCAGAUACUUAGGAUGAUCACAUACAGCAAUAUGUGAUGAUGAUAAUGAUUAGAAUUUGGGAGGCCUAACUCAACCCAAACGGUAGCUCCAAAAGUUGAGGAUUGUCUUUCCAUAUAUAAGGGUCAUCUUGGACAUAUCUCUAAUCAAUGUUGGCAUCUCAACAAUAAUGAUACAAUUAGUGAGCUUCAUUUA